CGCGCGAGCACACGCGUGCAUUCAUUGCUGUACUGUACUGUAUGGGAUUAACUGUCGCAGUUCUGUAUAGUCUUACUGGGAUAUUGUGAACUGGUUUCACUGGGCGGAGCCGAUAAAGAGAAAUAAAGAUGUUAGGCAUGGCAGAUAAGAUGUCUGAUCCUGGAUCAGUAAGUAUUGCUAUGGAGGAUAACCUGUGUAAUGGAGGAACUCAGCCACAGGAAGCUCCAUUGCUAACUCAUCUGAAGAAGGUGGAGAACCACAUUAAAGAGGCACAGCGGUUCUCACACCUCCCCAAACGUAGUACUGUGGACCUGGAGUUUAGAGACCUCUCUUACUCCAUCAGGGAGGGACCAUGGUGGAAGAAACAAGGUUUUACGGCUUUGCUCAAAUGUCUAUCGGGGAAGUUCUGCAGUGGGGAGCUGAUUGGGAUUAUGGGACCAUCUGGGGCUGGCAAGUCCACUUUGAUGAACAUCCUUGCAGGGUACAGAGAAACGGGCAUGAUGGGAGAGAUCCUGGUAAAUGGAAAGCUCAGAGACCUCCGAACCUUUCGUAAGAUGUCCUGUUACAUUAUGCAAGAGGACAAAUUGCUACCUCAUCUCACUGUACAAGAAGCUAUGAUGGUGUCUGCCAACCUGAAGCUUAGUGAAAGCUCAGAGGUGAAGAAAGAGUUGAUAAAAGAAAUUCUUACAGCACUGGGAUUACGUGAGUGUGUCCAUACACGCACAAUCUCUCUCUCUGGAGGGCAGUGUAAAAGGUUGGCUAUCGCCCUUGAGCUAGUAAACAACCCGCCAGUCAUGUUCUUCGAUGAACCAACCAGUGGUUUGGAUAGUGCCUCCUGUUUCCAAGUAGUUACACUGAUGAAGUCUCUGGCACAAGGCGGACGGACCAUCAUUUGCACCAUCCACCAGCCCAGUGCCAAACUCUUUGAGAUGUUUGAUAAGCUGUACAUUUUGAGUCAGGGUCAGUGUAUAUACAAGGGAAGCGUCUCAUUCCUCAUCCCUUACUUGAGUGCACUGGGUCUUCACUGCCCUACAUACCACAACCCUGCAGAUUUCAUCAUAGAGUUAGCGUCAGGGGAGUACGGAGAUUUGAAUCCUGUGCUGUUUGAAGCUGUCCAGGGUGGCAUGUGUGCCUUGGAAGAAAAGAGCUACUGUACUGACAAAAACACCUUAAACCCAUGUGCUGCAAAAUGUGUCAAAGACACAGGACAUGUUGAGAGCCAUACAUUUGCAACAAGCUCUUUGACUCAGUUCUGCAUUCUCUUUAAACGAACAUUUAUUACAAUCUGCAGAGAUCAGGUUUUGACACAUCUGCGGCUAAUGUCACACAUUUUUAUUGGAGUACUGAUAGGCCUGUUGUACCUUAACAUUGGCAAUGAUGCCAGUAAAGUCUUCAACAACACUGGUUUCCUCUUCUUCUCAAUGCUCUUUAUCAUGUUUGGAGCCUUAAUGCCCACUGUUCUCACAUUUCCUUUGGAGAUGGCUGUAUUUCUCAGAGAGCACUUAAACUACUGGUACAGUCUGAAGGCUUAUUAUUUGGCUAAGACAAUGGCUGACAUACCAUUUCAGGUAAUUUGUCCGCUUAUAUACUGCAGUAUUGUGUACUGGAUGACGGAGCAGCCCCCAGAAGCAAGCCGCUAUUUGCUCUUUUUGGCCUUAUCAAUAUGCACAGCUUUCGUAGCCCAGUCUCUUGGGCUUUUAGUUGGUGCUGCCUCCACCUCCCUUCAGGUGGCCACGUUUGUUGGUCCAGUAACCGCCAUUCCAGUUCUGCUCUUCUCAGGCUACUUUGUGAACUUUGACACCAUUCCUGACUACUUGCAGUGGAGUUCUUAUGUGUCCUAUGUUCGGUAUGGGUUUGAGGGUGUCAUUUUGUCCAUUUAUGGAAUGAACCGAACCGAGCUUGAAUGUCCAGGGAGGGUUUGCAAGUUUCAGAGACCUGAAGAGGUUCUGCAGUUGUUGGAUGUAGAAGACGCCAAGCUGUACAUGGACUUCAUUGUACUGGGAAUUUUCUUCGUUAUCCUGCGACUCGCCACCUACAUAGUUCUUCGGUACAAAAUAAAGUGUGAAAGAUAAUAUUUAUCGACCUUGCAUAGUCUCCAGCUCCUGUGGCUAAUUUUCAGACUUCAAUGUCACUUCUCAGGAUGUUACCACUCCUGUUUUGUUUGCAGGUUGUGGUGGUGUACACAUCUGUCUCUGGCUGUGGCUGAAUCUGAUACUGUAAAAUGUAUACAGAAUUUUAAAAAGACACUUCUUAGAGACUAAAAAAAUAUGUUUUCAAUGUCACAUUAAUAAACUUACAGAUCUUGACAUUUUAGUGUCAAACAGCCAGGAUUGCUAUGGUAAAUUCAAAUGUUGCAUUUAAAUAUGGAAAUCACUCUCUCAGUUCAAGGCUUUCUUAUUUUCAACUCAAGCUCACACUAAGGUCAUUUUUUUGCAUUGAAAGUUUUGCAUUAAAAGAUUUAAAGUUAACAUUUUAGAAAGGACAUAAUAGCUGAGGUGAGCUCCACCUCAAAGGAUGUUUACAAAUCUGCUCCUAAUCCACAGUGCCUGUGUGAUAAACCCAAACACUAUACUAUCAAUAAUUUUUGUAGAUGUUUUAUGCCUUUGUUAUAGAAUUCUUGUUAUAAACCUUCUUUUCAUUAUUUUCUUUUUAUUUAGUAUUUAUCUUUAAAGGUGCACUGUGUAAAUUUUAGCUGCAUCUAGUGGUGAAGUGCUGGUGAAUUGCAACCAAUAGCUCAGUCCACUGCUCACCUCUUAUUUUUUAAUCACAUAGAAAAGCUACGGUAGCCGCCACUGGACAAACAUGUCAUCGGAGACAAAAAGUUUGUCCAUUAAGGGCUUCUGUAAAAAACAUGGCGGCACAAAAUGGCGACUUCCAUGUAAGGGGACCCUUGGUAUAUGUAGAUAAAACGUCUCAUUCUAAGGUAAUAAACACAACGGUUCAUUAUGAAAGGUCUUUAUACACCACUGAUAAUAUAGAUUUGUAUAUUAUUUUGCAUUUCUGUCAAGAGAUCUUUCUAAAAAUUACACACUGCACCUUUAAAACUAAAGAUUGUAUGUUACUACCUGGUGCUACAGUCUAUGUAAUAGACUUUUAAAAUAUAUAUAUAUAUAUAUAUAUAUAAAUGAGCAACGUAUUGCUUUUG